CAGCCGGCGCUGAGCGACUUCGGCGGCGGCGAGCGGUGCUGGCCAAUGGAGUUGCGGCUGCGGAGGGAGGAGACCCCGACCGGAGUAAGUUUAGAGAGCGACGCUGUCAGGCGGGGGCAGCAGCAAGAUGACGAGCGCGCAGUGGAGACCCGGAGCUCGCCGAGCGCAACUUUGUCCCGCCUGAGCGAGGCUGCGGUUUCCGAGGCCCUCUUCAGCCAAGAAAAAGAUACGUGGAAAGCCUGGAUUUCUCUCAUUGAAGCACCCACCGCAGCAAGUAAAGGCUCUCUCGGUCUCGCCCUCUAGCGUUCGCUGGAGAAGCGCCACCCGGGUUCCCGGGGACACUGCGCACCAUGGGAUCCACCAGCAUCCCGCUGGUCAAGGCCCUCCGCAGCUCUGUCUCCGACUAUGUCAACUAUGACAUCAUCGUCCGACAUUACAACUACACGGGAAAGCUGAAUCUGGGCACAGACAAGGACAGUGGCAUUAAAGUGACCUCAGUGGUGUUCAUUCUCAUCUGCUGCUUUAUCAUCCUAGAGAACAUCUUUGUUUUGCUGACCAUUUGGAAAACCAAGAAAUUCCACCGACCCAUGUACUAUUUUAUUGGCAACCUGGCCCUCUCAGACCUGUUGGCAGGCGUGGCUUACGCCAUCAACCUACUCUUCUCUGGGGCCAACACCUACAAGCUCACCCCCGCCCAGUGGUUUCUGCGGGAAGGGAGUAUGUUUGUAGCCCUGUCUGCCUCUGUGUUCAGCCUCCUAGCCAUCGCUAUUGAGCGCUAUAUCACCAUGCUGAAGAUGAAACUCCACAAUGAGAGCAACAGCUCCCGCUCCUUCCUGCUCAUCAGUGCCUGCUGGAUCAUCUCCCUCAUCCUGGGUGGCCUGCCCAUCAUGGGCUGGAACUGCAUCAGCCUGCUGCCCAGCUGCUCCACGGUGCUGCCCCUCUACCACAAGCACUAUAUCCUUUUCUGCACCACCGUCUUCACCGUGCUCUUGCUCUCCAUCGUCAUCCUGUACUGCAGGAUCUACUCUUUGGUCAGGACUCGGAGCCGCCGUUUGACCUUCCGCAAGAACACGUCCAAGGCCAGUCGCAGCUCAGAGAAGUCGCUGGCGCUGCUCAAGACUGUGAUUAUCGUCCUGAGUGUCUUCAUCGCCUGCUGGGCGCCGCUUUUCAUCCUGCUCCUGCUGGACGUGGGCUGUAAGGUGAAGACCUGCGACAUCCUCUUCAAAGUGGAGUACUUCCUGGUGUUGGCGGUGCUCAACUCCGGCACCAAUCCCAUCAUUUACACUUUGACCAACAAGGAGAUGCGCCGGGCCUUCAUCAAGAUCAUGUCCUGCUGUAAGUGCCCCAGAGGAGACACCACCGGCAAAUUCAAGCGACCCAUCAUUGCUGGUGUAGAAUUCAGCCGCAGUAAGUCAGACAACUCCUCUCACCCCCAGAAGGACGAUGGGGACAACCCAGAAACCAUAAUGUCCUCUGGGAACGUCAAUUCUUCUUCAUAGAACUGGAAGCUGCGGACCCAUGGGGAGCAUUCUUGCAUGGUCACCCACCACCCCGGUGUUUGAAAAAAAAUCUCUGCCUUGACUCCUGCCGGGGAGGAGCUGCUGGAGCCGGAGGGAGGGCGGGGCAGAGGAAGAACUAGCGGUGGUGCCCGCCCGGUGUCUUGGGUAGAGUUCCUGUGAACAAUGCACUGGGAAAGGAAGGGUGGAGAGCAGGUCCUGGCCGGGAAUCUAUUUCCUCCCUCCUGGAGCUUUGAUUUUGCACUGAGCCAAAGGUCUAGCAUUGUCAAGCUCCUGGAGGGUUCAUUUGGCCCCUCCUCAAAGACUAAUGUCCCCUUGUCAAAGUGUCUCUGUCGGGAGCUUUGAAGAGAAGAGGCUUUCUGUCAUUUUAGUUCCCAACCCAGGUGAGCGUGUGCACUUCUGCUUCUCUAGGUAUGCUCCAUAUCCUACCCUCCCUUCCUCUUCACAGCCCUCACCGAAAUUCUUUUCCUUUAAAUUUUAACUACCUGGCAUUCAUCAGAGCUGGGGUUGGGGGGCGUUUAUGUGGCAUGGUCCAUUUCUCUAUCUUCUAUAGCUGAUAGGCAGUGUCCGGGGAGAGGUGGACUGUAAGGAGAUAGAGAUGUAAAGCAAUUUCAUUUGCUGAGGCCAAAGUUUCCAUGAGAGCUGGGUCAGUGUUUUGGAAUUGGUUAUAGUCACUUUUUUUUUUUUUUACAUCUUUACAAUGCAAUGUGUUACAAUAUCAUAGUCAUUGUGGCUGAAAUCUGCAUAAAGAAGUCCAGCUUAUCUAAAUGGUAUCAGCCAGGAUCUUAGUGUCUGUCAUAGGAGAAACAAAUAAGCAACACAAAGUGAAAACUGACUGGGGGUGACUUUGUAAACCAAGAAAGAUUUCCUAACAAAUUUGUCUAACAAAUACAACAUCUGUCUUUGGCACUUUUGUUGAUGUUUAUUUCAGAGUGUUGUGUGAAUCAUUUCAACCAACAGGAUGGUUGUAUUUUGUUGUGUUAAAAGUAUUUUCAUGGUUUUUGAAUGUAUUUGUUGCAACAUUUUAUUGGAUUUUUUUUUUAACCUGUGUUAACACCAGUGAAUGUGUAUUUCUUAAGAAAGUAUCACCCUCUUAUGCCUUUAAAGCAUUACUUUAACUGAUAGGGAACACCAGAAGUUUUCCAGUACAGCUGUUUAUUAAAUAGUUAACUGAAGAUGUGUAUAAAUGUUACAAAGAAUAAAAAUGUAUUGCUGUCUCUUUAGUAUGGUUUUCAGUGCAAUUAAACCGAGAAAUGUCUUUUUUAAAAAAUAGUAUUUAAUAGGUUUCUGACUUCUGUGGAUCAUUUUGCACAUAGCUUUAUCGACUUUUAAACAUUAAUAAACUGAUUUUUUUAAAGA